AGCCUUAUUAAUAAAUACUCUUGCGCAACCAUCCACUUUACUCGUUCCAGUUCCCCGCCAUUUCCAUCUCUCAACAAUCAAAGACUUUACCACAGAAAUUAUACAACAACAUCCAACAUGGCCUCUGCUACUAGCUUUUACGACUUUAAGCCGCUUGACAAGCGCGGCCAGGAGGUUCCCCUCGCCGACUACAAGGGCAAGGUCGUCCUCAUUGUCAACACUGCCUCCAAGUGCGGCUUCACCCCUCAGUACGCCGGUCUUGAGAAGCUCUGGACCGACCUCAAGGGCAAGUACCCCGAUGACUUUGUCAUCCUCGGCUUCCCCUGCAAUCAGUUCGGCGGCCAGGAGCCCGGCACCGACGAUGACAUUCAGGAGUUCUGCCAGCUCAACUACGGCGUGACCUUCCCCAUCAUGCAAAAGACCGAGGUCAACGGUGACGGCACCAACCCUCUCUGGGUCUGGCUCAAGGACCAGCAGUCCGGUCUUCUCGGCCUCAAGCGCAUCAAGUGGAACUUUGAGAAGUUCCUCGUCGGCCGUGAUGGAAAGGUCAAGGGUCGAUGGGCCAGCACCACCAAGCCUGAGAGUCUUGAGAAGCCCAUUCUCGAGGCCCUUGCUGAGAAGCCUGCGGCUUAAGGAUCAUGAUGAACGACGAAACAAGAAAAAUGCGUCUUUGUCAAUCCCCACCAAUCUAAAACGAGAUACCCAGUUGGGGAGGAACAAGGGCGCAGUGUGUAAUGAGAGGCUUCCAGACUCAUGGAAAACAGCUAAAUAAAUUAAUACAAUGAUCAGUCAUAAUCUGGUCAAUAUUUGGUGGCAUU